AUGACUAUCCCAGAUGAAGUCGAUAUCAUUGUCGUCGGCGGUGGCAGUGCUGGUUGUGUUUCCGCUGGCCGUCUCGCCAAUCUCGAUCAUAAUCUCCAGGUUCUGCUGAUCGAGGCGGGCGAAGAUAACCUGAACAACCCACAAGUUUUUCGACCUGGUAUCUACCCACAGAAUAUAAAGCUUGAUUCUAAGACAGCCACCUUCUACCAUUCUCAACCAUCGAAAGCUAUAGAUGGACGGAGAGCCAUUGUGCCAGCUGCGCGGGUCCUUGGUGGAGGGAGUUCAAUCAACUUUAUGGUGUAUACAAGAGCCUCGGCCUCGGAUUAUGACGACUUUGAAGCCAAGGGAUGGACAACGAAAGAGCUUCUGCCUCUCAUGAAGAAGCCUGAAACCUACCAGAGACACAGCACAAAGCGAGACGUCCACGGCUUUGACGGUCCAAUCAAGGCCUCCUUUGGAAACUAUACAUAUCCAAUCAUGCAAGAGUUUCUCCGUGCGGCUGAAUCUCAAGACAUUCCAGUCACUGAUGACCUGCAGGACCUACAAGCUGGCCACGGUGCCGAGCAAUGGACUAAAUGGAUCAACCGUGAUACAGGCCGCCGCAGUGAUGCCGCUCAUGCGUAUGUUCACAGCACUCGAGAAGAUUACGAAAAUCUUUACUUGAAGUGUAAUACGAAGGUGGUUAGGGUUAUUAUUGAAAAUGGAACAGCAGUCGGUAUUGUAACCGUCCCAGAGAAGCCUCUGAAAGAUGAAAAAAUACAAAAGAUUUACAGAGCGCGCAAGCAGAUUCUUAUCUGCGGUGGUACCCUCAGCUCACCUCUCAUACUCCAACGAUCUGGAAUUGGUGACCCUAAAAAACUUCGUCAAGCGGGCAUCGAACCUAUUGUGGACCUGCCAGGUACAUUCGAUGAAUUCGUUCGCGGAAAUACCGAUGUCCAAAAUGCAGCUAUUAAUGAAUGGAUCUCUAAAGGCACUGGUCCGUUGUCAACAAAUGGGAUUGAAGCAGGUGUGAAGAUCCGGCCAACUGAACAGGAACUUGAGGAGAUGAAGAAUUGGCCUACAUCUGAUUUUCUGAGUGGUUGGGAGAGUUAUUUCAAGAAUAAACCAGAUAAACCGGUCAUGCACUACUCUGUCAUUGCUGGCUGGUUCGGCGACCAUUUGCUUAUGCCUGGGAAAUUUUUUACGAUGUUCCAUUUCUUGGAAUAUCCUUUCUCCCGUGGAUGGAUCCAUGUGAAAUCCCCGGACCCCUAUGAGGCUCCGGACUUUGAUGCAGGAUUUUUGAAUGAUGACCGUGAUAUCGCUCCCUUGGUUUGGGGCUAUAUCAAGUCUCGUGAGACAGCUCGCCGUAUGGAUGCAUAUGCUGGUGAAGUGACCUGGAUGCAUCCCAGUUUUGCCUCGGACUCGCCUGCUCGAGCACAUGAUCUGGACCUUGCAACAACUAAAGAAUAUGGUGGUCCUGCUCAUAUCACAGCUGGUAUCCAACAUGGUUCCUGGACCAUACCCGUCGAUCCUGGAAUGCAGCUACCAGAGAGCGUGAUCAGCUCCAGCCGGCAGGCAAUUCGGGAGCCCAUCAAAUACAGCCGGGAGGACAUUGAGUGUAUUGAGCUCUGGGCGAGACGUCAUGUAGAAACAACAUGGCACUCCCUUGGUACGUGCAGUAUGGCUCCUAAGGAAGGCAACUUCAAAGUCAAGCAUGGAGGAGUUGUCGAUGAGCGGCUGAAUGUCCAUGGUGUCAAAAACUUAAAGAUCUGUGAUUUGUCAAUCUGCCCCGAUAAUGUGGGUACUAAUCCUUACAGCGUUGCUCUCUUAAUUGGCGAAAAAUGCUCUGUCCUGACCGCGGAGGAUCUUGGAUAUUCGGGCUCUGAUCUUGAAAUGAAGGUGCCCACCUACAAUGCCCCAGGUGAAACUGUUCAUCUCCACCGAGUUUAA